AUGGACCAGGAGCGCUGCGCGCCUUUCGGCGUGGGGCCCACACCCGGCCCCUACGCAGCCGUGGGGGACGAGCCUUCGUGCCCCCAGGGAACGCCGGCUGCUGCACCUCACCUGCACCCCGCGCCGCCUCGCGGCCCAAGGCUGACCCGCUUUCCGGCCUGCGGGCCCCUGGAGCCCUACCUCCCAGAGCCCGCCAAGCCGCCCGCCAAGUACCUGCAGGACCUAGGGCCAGGGCCAGCGCUCAACGGCAGCCACUUCUACGAAGGCCCCACGGAAGCCGAGGAGAAGGCUUCCAAAGCUGCCAGCUUCCCCCAGCUGCCCUUGGACUGCCGAGGGGGCCCCAGAGACGGACCCUCUAACUUGCAAGGCUCCCCAGGCCCCUGCCUGGCUAGUCUGCGUGUCCCUCUUUCCCCGGGACUCCCUGACUCCAUGGAGUUGGCCAAGAACAAGAGCAAGAAGCGCCGUAACCGCACCACCUUCAGCACAUUCCAGCUAGAGGAGUUGGAGAAAGUCUUCCAGAAAACCCACUACCCUGAUGUGUACGCCCGGGAACAGCUGGCUUUGCGCACGGACCUAACUGAGGCCAGGGUACAGGUCUGGUUCCAGAACCGCAGAGCCAAGUGGCGGAAGCGUGAGCGUUAUGGGAAGAUGCAGGAGGGGCGGAACCCCUUCACAGCUGCCUAUGACAUCUCUGUGCUGCCCCGCACUGACAGCCACCCCCAGCUGCAGAACUCCCUGUGGCCCAGCCCAGGAUCUGGGAGCCCAGGGGGCCCCUGCCUCAUGUCUCCAGAGGGCAUCCCCUCCCCCUGCAUGUCUCCAUACUCCCAUUCCCAUGGGAAUGUGGCUGGCUUCAUGGGGGUGCCAGCAUCCCCUGCAGCACACCCUGGCAUCUACUCCAUCCAUGGCUUUCCCCCCACCUUGGGGGGCCACAGCUUUGAGCCCUCCCCAGAUGGCGACUACAAGUCCCCAAGCCUUGUCUCACUCAGGGUGAAGCCCAAGGAGCCACCUAGCCUGCUGAACUGGACCACGUGAUAAGUUGUGUGGACACACAGAUUAAGCUGCCCAUCUCCUUUUCUGUUUCCAGUUGCUCCCAGUCCACCCUUUCCUGGAUACCAGAGAGCACUCAGAUGGUAUCUGAGGCCUGAGAGAGCAGCUGGGACCCUCAGCACCCAGCAGGAAACAGUCUACAGGGUUCUCUUAAAAUAACAUGGGACUGCCUAGGAGAAAGGGAGCUUCAGAGUGGGCAGGAUUUUUCCUGUCUCAAACUGGGAUAGAGGGAGGGAUACCCAGGUCUGCUUCCUCAAGGCUUUGUCUAAAUCCAGCUGCCAUCUCUCCAGCUGAAUUGGCUUAACUGGCUCCUCAUUCAGGGAGCCCAGAAAGAGGGGAGGAGGAUGCAGAUUAAACUGGAAGGAGCUCUUUGAGACAGUAGAAACUAGUCUUCUGUAACCACCUGGAAGACCUGCAUCCCCCUCUCCACCACCAGGGGGCGUGCGUCCAGAGUCUGGCGGUGACAGGCGGGAAGGUGAAGGUCAGCAUAAAGGAUGCCGUCUCCUCUGCCCCACCCAUCCCUUAAGGCCGCAAGUGCCCGAUCUCCCAACAUGCUCCUCCAAGAGGGCAGAAAUUCCACCAGCAACCACCAAAUAUUUGGAUUCACCUCAAUGAGAUCAGGCCAGGGCUAUGCUGUGGUAACCAUACUGUAUGUUGGUCAGAAUAAAGCAGAGUUCUUCAGUCUCUGAGUCCCUGAGAUCCCAACCCCCAUUUUUGUAAAGAUACUUUUGUUUAAAAAAAAAGUGCU